AUGAGGAUUGUUAGUCACAGCAUUGCGACUGGCACAAUCUGCUUCAUCAACUGUGUAAGACAAAAAAAUGGCCCCCUCGCCAACGCGACUGAAGCUUAUGACCUUGAAAAUGAAUGCUGGCGGCGGGGCCAGUACGGCGGCAUGCAUGUGCCUCUAUCGAUCGAUGGCCCAUUUAUUGUCGCGAUGAGUCAUGCUGAUGGCGUUGGCUGGCGCGAGGCUAGGGCAAACGUCUAG